UGGUCACGUGAUAUACCCGGGCAAGUCAGGACAAAUCCUCCACCAGGGCGCCAUCUUUGAAUUCAGAGUUGGAUCGUUAUUUCUGACUUUUUCUCCGUCCAGCUCUUUUGGCGUUUCUUGAGAACCUUAGACGUGUCUGAGAAGCAGAGAUAUGUAAAUUAUUCGUCACCAAGACUGUUAUGAGUUUGACCGGGAGAGUCUGUACUGUAAUUCACCAGGUUUGGGAGAGGAGAUCAGAGAUCGACCGUACGCCACCACUUCCAAAAUCCAAGUAACGACGUUGUUCCUUGCCUCUGAAAAAAAAAAAACUGUCUGAUGAUGAUAUGGCUCCCAGCAGGUCAUCCAAUCGAAGAUCUAUGGCACCGGUACCUAGUGAGCUGUCACCAUUAAGCCGACUGGCCAUCAAAGCUGAGCGAAGUUCCCGCCGGAGGAGCACCCUGGGUCUGAGUCGGGCUGGCAGGAGUUCCUCAGGCACACCUGGCAGACAGGCUACUCAGGCUGCAAAUGGAAGUGCCAAAACAAAUCGCCAAGAAAGCCGGAGGAGCCUGGUCAGUGUGGGCAUGGCCAGUAACAGUUGGGAUGACCCGUCCUGUCCACUCAGUGGAAGUCAAGGAACCCAUCCCCGACCUGGUGAUGUCACAAGCCUAUCUGUACAAAACAUGGACCUCGAAUCGCCCAACCUUCUCAGCAAGAGUCGCAAGACAACUGUCGGAAACACCACUUCUCACAGUGUCAGGGAAAUGGAGUUAGACUCACCCAAUUUACCCAGGGUAAGAAUUUCUUCAGCUGCUCUUUUAUAA